UGAAACUUUUGCACAAUCUGGGUCCAAACUCCGCUUCAAGUCCCAAAGUCAAACGAACACUGCGGCAUCACAACCUGUCUAAAUUCUUUCAUCUUUAAUAAAAUAAUCUGUGUGAAGCCCUCUGACGUCAUGCUGCUGAGAUGUGACGUCUGAGUAAAAGUACUCCAUUCCGCUAAACCGACAGCUGAACUGCGGACCGUUUAAUGGUGCUUUUAUUUUUGAAGGCUCAGCACCGGAAGCUGGGCCCUGUGUCGCGUGUCCGCUGAUGCGCGUGCUCGUCACGUCAGGAAAAGGAGCGAGCAAACGUCACAGACUCCUGGCUCAGGAGGCUCCCCGCUGCACGCAACAGUACGCUCCUCGAAGCAGAAGCUCCGGCUGUGCCUCCGCCUGCUCCGCCCGUGAGUCUGCCUGCGGGUGGAGGAUGCUCUGCUCCUCCUCCUGCUGUGCGGAGUCAGGACUUUCCUCUCCGUCAUCCGGCCGGGAUGCUGCGCUGUGAGCCCGGAGCUGCUCCCCGCUGGAGUUGGAUCAUCUGCCGGGAUUAAACACUCGUUGUCCUCCUCUCCUCUCCUCCUCCUCCGCUCCUCUUCUCCGGGACUGCGCGGUCGCUUCUUCUUCGUUGAUUUUGCGGCUCUGGGUCGUUUGACUUCCUGACUGUCGGUUUUACUCGCACGCAGAUUUGUGAAUGAGCCGCGGUCCUCCCGGUGAGAAGGUGCUGUGAGCGCGCGGGGGGCAGGAUGGAGGCGGCCGGUCGGGAUGGAGGAUUAGAGCACGGAGGGAUUAAAUCCUCCAUCAGCCGCUGACUUUGGUUUUGUGGGUUUGGAGAAGUUUCCAGACUGUUCGCGUCCUCCGUGUUUUUGAGGAGUGGGUGGAGGAAGUGAGGGAGUGAUAAACGUGGAAAAGUUUCUCGCGUGGUGAUUCCAGCUGCAGUGAAGCGGCUCUGAGUGGGGAGGCUCGGCGGGAGCAGCUCCCGGGGGGUCACGGAGAUGAUGAUGAAGGUCUCCCGGUGCUGAAACCAGAGGACUCAGACUUUACGUGAGGAUUACAGUCACGGCUUCACAUGAACGGAGGAAUAUGAACCAUCAGAUUUACGGUAAAUCUUGGAGCUGACGUCCAAUCAGCGUCUGCGCGCGCAUCGUGAUGAAGAGUCGAAGGAAGUCCGAGUCCUGAAGCUGUAGGCGCGAACUUUUCUUCAGACAACAGCCGAACACGGUGACCCCGACUCAGGCAGGUGACCCCGCUCACAGUUCCGUUACCGGGUCUCUGGAUCCAGAGGGAGGAGCUGCGGGAGCGGGCGGGCGGUACCGGAGCCCCUCAGAUGAGCGAACAUGUCGGACCGGAGCGCCCCGGGCUGCCGGCUCAGACUGGACUGGGUCUACGGGUACCGGGGGCACCAGUGCCGGAAUAACCUGUACUACACGGCGGGGAAGGAGGUGGUGUACUUCGUGGCCGGGGUUGGAGUGGUUUACAACACCAGAGAGCACAGCCAGAGGUUCUACCUGGGACACAAUGACGACAUCAUCAGCCUGGCGCUGCACCCGGAGCGCUCCCUGGUGGCGACGGGUCAGGUGGGCAAGGAUCCGUAUGUGUGUGUGUGGGACACCUUCACUGCCCAGACCGUGUCACUGCUGCGUGACGGACACACACACGGCAUCGCCUGCCUCGCAUUCAGCGCUGAUGGACAGCGGCUGGCCUCGGUCGGCCUGGACGCCAAGAACACGGUGUGUAUCUGGGAGUGGAAGAGAGGGAAGAUCCUGGCCACGGCCACGGGACACUCGGACAGGAUCUUUGACAUCUGCUGGGAUCCAUUUCAGCAAAGCCGUCUGGUGAGCUGCGGCGUGAAGCACAUCAAGUUCUGGUCCCUGUGCGGUAACGCUCUCACGCCAAAGCGGGGGAUUUUCGGGAAGGCGGGCGACCUGCAGACCAUCUUGUGUGUGGCCUCGGCUAAAGAUGACAUCACGUACUCUGGGGCACUAAACGGAGACAUUUACGUCUGGAAGGGACUCAACCUGAUCCGAACGGUCCAGUCCGCCCACAGCGCCGGUAUCUUCAGCAUGUAUUCCUGCGAGGAGGGCUUCGCCACGGGCGGCAGAGACGGCUGCAUCCGACUGUGGGACGUCGACUUCAAACCCAUCACCAAGAUCGACCUGCGAGAGGCCGAGCAGGGAUACAAAGGUCUGUCCAUUCGCAGCGUCUGCUGGCGAGCCGACCGGAUCCUGGCAGGGACGCAGGACAGCGAGAUCUUUGAGGUGAUGGUGAGGGACCGGGACAAGCCGCUGCUCAUCAUGCAGGGACACAGCGAGGGCGAGCUGUGGGCGCUCGACGUUCACCCCAAAAAGCCUCUGGCUGUCACCGGCAGCGACGACCGCUCCGUCAGGUUGUGGAGUCUGGUGGAUCACGCCCUCAUCGCUCGCUGUAACAUGGAGGAGGCGGUGCGCAGUGUGGCAUUCAGCGUGGACGGAUCCCAGCUGGCUCUGGGCAUGAAGGACGGAUCCUUCACUGUGCUGAGAGUCAGAGACAUGACUGAGGUCGUUCACAUCAAGGACAGGAAGGAGGUGAUCCACGAGAUGAAGUUCUCGCCGGAUGGCGCCUACCUUGCUGUCGGCUCCAACGAUGGACUGGUGGACAUCUACGCUGUUGCUCAGAGAUACAAGAAGGUUGGAGAGUGCAGCCAGUCCUCCAGUUUCAUCACUCACCUGGACUGGACCCUGGACAGCAAGAUCCUGCAGACCAAUGACGGAGCUGGAGACCGCUUCUUCUACCGGAUGCCCCUGGGGAAGCCGGUCAGUAAGGAGGAAGUCAAAGGUCAGCGCUGGGCCUCCUGGAGUGGCGUGCUGGGCUCGGAGGUCAGCGGCAUCUGGCCCAAAUACUCGGCCCAAACCGAGAUCAACGCCGUGGACGCCAACCCCUCCGCCGCCGUGCUCGUCACCGGAGACGACCUCGGCCUCGUGAAGCUCUUCCGCUUCCCCUGCGUGAAGAAAGGAGCCAAGUUUAAGAAGUACAUCGGCCACUCGGCCCACGUCACCAACGUCCGCUGGUCACAUGACCUGCAGUGGGUGCUGACCACAGGUGGGGCCGACCACGCCCUUUUCCAGUGGAGGUUUCUGCCGGAGUCGGUCAUGAACGGAGGCCCGGACGUCAACAUCCAAGACAGUCACGGAGACUCCAACAGCGAGGAGUCGGACAGCGACGUGUCUGACGUCCCGGAGCUCGACUCUGACAUCGAGCAGGAGACACAGAUCCACUACGACAGACCGGUGUAUAAGGAGGACCUGCCUCAGCUGCGACAGCAGAGCAGAGAGAAGAAGCAGCAGGUGGGAUCUCUGAAGAGGCAGAAAGGACCGGACCAAGGCCUGCGACUGCAGUUCAUUCACGGUUACCGUGGAUACGACUGCAGGAACAACCUGUUUUACACGCAGGGCGGGGAGGUGUUGUACCAUGUAGCAGCGGUGGGCGUGGUCUACAACCGUCAGCUGCACAGCCAGCGCUUCUACCUGGGCCACGACGAUGACAUCCUGAGCCUCAGCAUCCACCCGCUGAAGGACUACGCCGCCACGGGACAGGUGGGGAGGGACCCGGCUGUCCACGUGUGGGACGUCCAGACUCUGAAGUGCCUCUCUCUGCUCAAAGGCUUUCAUCAGAGAGGAGUGUGUGCGCUGGACUUCUCAGCUGAUGGGAAGAGUCUGGUUUCGGUGGGAAUCGAUGAUGGACAUUCGAUCGUCGUGUGGGACUGGAAGAGGGGAGAGAAGCUCGCCACUGCCCGGGGUCACAAGGACAAGAUCUUCGUGGUGAAGUGUAAUCCCAUGGUCAUGGACAAACUGGUCACUGUGGGAAUCAAACACAUUAAGUUCUGGCAGCUUGCAGGUGGUGGUUUGACCUUCAAGCACGGCGCCUUCAGGAGCAUCGGCCGGCCGGAGACCAUGAUGUCGGUGUGUUACGGCCGCACCGAGGCGCUGGUGUUCUCCGGAACUGCCACCGGAGACGUUUACAUCUGGAAGGAGCCGCUGCUGCUGAAAACGGUGAAGGCCCACGAUGGGCCGGUGUUCGCCAUGUUCUCCCUGGACAAGGGCUUUGUGACGGGUGGGAAGGACGGCGUGGUGGAGCUGUGGGACGACAUGUUUGACCGCUGCCUGAAAACCUACGCCAUCAAGAGAGCAGCGCUGUCCCCGGGGUCGAAAGGCCUGUUGCUGGAGGACAACCCGUCCAUCAGGGCCAUCACCCUGGGUCACGGUCACAUCCUGGUGGGAACCAAAAACGGAGAAGUUCUGGAGAUUGACAAGACCGGACCCAUGACCCUGCUGGUGCAGGGUCACAUGGAGGGCGAGGUUUGGGGUCUGGCCCCCCACCCCCUCCUCCCCGUCUGCGCCACCGUCAGUGAUGACAAAACGCUGCGACUGUGGGAGACGUCAGCCAAUCACCGCAUGGUGGCCGUCCGCAAGCUUAAGAGAGGCGGUCGCUGCUGCGCCUUCUCUCCUGACGGGAAAGCGUUGGCGGUCGGUCUGAGCGACGGCGGCGUCCUGGUGGUGAACGCAGACACGCUGGAGGACCUGCUGAGCUUCCACCAUCGGCGUGAUGCCAUUUCUGAUAUCCGCUUUUCCCCAGACUCAGGUAAAUACCUGGCGGUGGCGUCACAUGACAGCUUCGUGGACAUCUACAACGUGCUGAGCAGCAAGAGAGUCGGCAUCUGUAAAGGAGCGUCCAGUUACAUCACGCACAUCGACUGGGACGCCCGAGGUAAACUGCUGCAGGUGAACACGGGAGCCAAAGAGCAACUGUUCUUCGAAGCCCCGCGAGGAAAACGACAAACCAUCCAAGACUCUGAGCUGGAGCGGAUCGAGUGGGCCGGCUGGACGUCGGUUCUGGGCUCCACCUGUGAGGGAAUCUGGCCGACGCACAGCGACAUCACCGACAUCAACGCCACGUCGCUCACCAGAGACCACGCGCUGCUCGCCACCGGAGACGACUUUGGCUUCCUCAAACUGUUCAGCUACCCCGUCAGAGGUCAGUACGCUCGCUUCAAGCGUUACGUGGGCCACAGCGCACAGGUCACAAAUGUCCGCUGGGCUCAGGAUGACUCCACACUCCUGACGGUGGGCGGGGCUGACACCGCCCUGAUGAUCUGGGUGAGGAAGCGAGGAGGCGUGGUCAGCGUGGAGGGGGAUGGGCCUUUGUUUCGCGACAGCCGACCGCUCGUAGACAGCGAGGAGUCGGAUGAUGACAUUGAGGAGGACGGAGGCUACGACAGCGACGUCGCCCGCGAGAAGACGGUAGAUUACACCACUAAGAUGUACGCCGUCAGCAUCAGAGAGAUGAGAGGAACCAAACCUCACCAGCAGCUGAAGGAGCUCUCUGCUGAGGAGAGGCCGCCAGUGAGCCGAGCGGCGCCGCAGCCCGAGAAACUCCAGAAAAACAACGUGUCCAAGAAGAAGCGGCUGGUCGAGGACCUGAUCCUGGACCACGUCUUUGGUUUUCGGGGCUUCGAUUGUCGUAACAACCUGCACUACCUCAACGACGGCACCGAGAUCGUGUACCACACUGCCGCCACCGCCAUCGUGCACAGCCUGAGCACCGGAACUCAGAGCUUCUACCUGGAGCACACGGACGACAUCCUGUGUCUGACUGUCAACCAGCACCCCAAAUUCAAAAACAUCAUCGCCACCGGGCAGAUCGGAACGACCCCCUCGAUCCACGUGUGGGACGCCAUGGGCAAGCAGACGCUGUCCAUCCUCCGCUGUCCGCACAGCAAAGGCGUCGGCUACGUGAACUUCAGCGCCACGGGAAAGCUGCUGCUGUCCGUCGGAGUGGACCCUGAACACACCAUCACGGUGUGGCGCUGGCAGGAAGGAUCUCGAGUGUGCGGGAAAGCCGGACACCCGGACCGGAUCUUCGUGGUGGAGUUUCGGCCGGACUCGGACUCUCAGUUCGUGUCAGUGGGAAUCAAACACGUGAAGUUCUGGACGCUGGCCGGCGGCGCGCUGAUGUACAAGAAGGGCGUGGUGGGGACGCUGGAGGACGGCAGGAUGCAGACGAUGCUGUCUGUCGCCUUCGGUGCGAAUAACUUGACGUUCACGGGAGCCAUUAACGGGGACGUGUACGUGUGGCGAGAUCACUACCUGCUCCGGGUGGUGGCGAAGGCUCACACCGGGCCGGUCUUCACCAUGUACACCACCCUGAGAGACGGACUCAUCGUCACUGGCGGAAAGGAGAGGCCGACGAAGGAGGGCGGAGCGGUGAAGCUCUGGGAUCAGGAGAUGAAACGAUGCCGAGCCUUCCAGCUGGAGACCGGGCAGCAGGUGGAGUGCGUCCGGUCGGUCUGCAGAGGCAAGGGUAAGAUCCUGGUGGGGACGAAAGACAGUGAGAUCAUCGAGGUCGGGGAGAAGAACGCGGCGUCCAACCUGCUGCUGGACAGUCACGCUCGGGGGGGAAUCUGGGGUCUGGGCGCUCAUCCGGCCAAAGAUCUCUGCAUCACAGCCAGCGACGACUCCACCAUCCGCCUGUGGGACCUCGCCGACAAGAAACUGCUGAACAAAGUGUGCGUCGGCCACGCGGCUCGCUGCGUCAGCUACAGUGCAGACGGAGAGAUGCUGGCGGUGGGGAUGAAGAACGGUGAGUUCCUCCUCCUCCUCUCCAACUCGCUGAAGAUGUGGGCGAAGAAGCGAGACCGCAGCGCCACCGUCCAGGACAUCCGCUUCAGUCCAGACCGGCGGUUGUUGGCGGUCGGCUCCGUGGAGAACACGGUGGACGUGUACGACGUGAGCGCAGGACCGACGCUGAACCGGCUGGUUUACUGCAGCGACAUCCCCGCCUUCGUCCUGCAGCUCGACUUCUCUGCUGACAGCUGCUACGUACAGGUGUCCACGGGAGCUUAUAAGCGGCAGGUGUUCGAGGUUCCUUCUGGAAAGCUGGUGAGCGACCCGAUCGCCAUUGACAGAAUCACCUGGGCGACGUGGACCAGCAUCCUGGGAGACGAAGUUUUGGGCAUUUGGCCUCGAAACGCCGACAAAGCCGAUGUGAACUGUGCGUGUGUGUCUCACGGCGGCUUGAACAUCGUCACCGGCGACGACUUCGGAUUGGUCAAACUGUUCAACUUCCCCUGCUCAGAGAAGUUUGCCAAACACAAGCGCUACCUCGGCCACUCGCCUCAUGUGACCAACGUCCGCUUCUCCCACGACGACAAAUACGUGAUCAGCACAGGAGGAGACGACUGCAGUGUGUUUGUGUGGAAAUGUCUGUAAACAUUGGAUCCAAACCGCCUUAAACAGACCACAAGUGGAUCCAGAGGGAGUCGAACCCACAACCAGCCUGAGUCUCCCACGCCACGCAGGCCAGACUGCGGCUAACCCUCCACGACGGACGGAUGCAUGGACAUGAACACAAAGCCUCGGGAGAACCCGGGGACUCUAUCAGCUGAUGUUUACAUGUUUGUCGUUUUCUUUUUUGGUCACAUGGCGAAAAAAAAACAUUAAAAUUUGUGCAAACAGGUUCAUAAAGUGAGGGAGCGGAUGGCUGUAAACCAAUCAAACGACAAUCCCGCCCUCACUUUGGUCAACCACAUGCUCAGAUUUGCACGUCAGUGCGCCCCCUGCAGGGCUCAGUGGGAACCUUCCUGAUGGAUCACAUGACUCAGAGGCUCCAUCAGCUGGUAUCUGACCAAAAUCCACAGGAUGACUUUGUUGGACGGUUUCUGCCACCUGCUGUUACCCAUAAGGCCUUGCGUUGGGUCGUCGCUGUGGUGGAGAUGAAUUAAGUUUGAACAUUUAAGACAUUCCAGUCGGCUCAAAGCUGCUGCUUCCACAAAACUGAGCAGAAAUCAGAGUUUACUGCAGCUCUAACUGAGCCGCGCUGAAGGGAAUUAAAACAGCUUCAAACGAACGUACGGAGGCCCACAAGUGUCCAACAGGAAUAACUAUUUCUCUAACAUCUUCAGAGGCAAACAGUAACCUGAAGAUACUCGAUUACAUUCAGGGGUUAUUUUUGGCAAUAAGUCAUUUACGAUAAAAUUCACACAAAGAAAACAAAGAAAACAGAAACUAUAAAAAGAGACGUUAAAGUUAAAUUAGGAGGAAUAAACUCAAAGACACAAACAGCACAGCAAAUGAAAUAAAAAUGUCAUUAAAUUAAAAGAAAAAGAAAUGACUAAACUAAAAGACUGAACUAAAAAAUAUAAAAACUGAUUUAUUACAUCGCUCUGUUUUCUUCUUUUCUUUGAGGUGGAUUAAUUUUUAUCUUCAAGUAAAACACAAAACUCUUUGUUUAUACAAAAAUAAAACAGUCCAAUGAGGAGGGACCUACCUAUGCAAAGUAAAAAAGCAAAGUGCAACACACAAAAAGCCCAAAACAAAUAUUCACAUAAUCAAGUUUUAGAUUUAUAAAUGAAACAUUUAGGCUACGUUCACACUGCAGGCGAAAGCGCAUCAAAUCCGAUUUUUCUGACCCCAUGCGACCCGUAUCCGAUCAUGGUA